CAGCGUGGACUUAGUGUAAACAUUAUCACCAACGGCUCUUACAGUCUGUCCGUCAAUGGAGUCACCUGGCUGACCAGCGGCAACACUUUCUUCAACAAUGGAGGUCGGCAGUACUCCACGGCGGACAAAAGUCUCUUGGUAGGAAUCACGUGGCUCUCUAUAGAACCGUUGCAGAACUGAGCAAUUGUAAAAAUAGGAUGUUCUCUAUUUAAAAACAAAACAAUAUCAUAUUUGGUUCCUAACACAUUUCUACAUAUUUCCACCACAAUAAAGGAAAAUAAAAACAAGAAAAAUAUAUAAAACUAGUCGACCGGUGGCUUAGCAUACGCCGCUAUUUUGCAGGGCCGGCCUUAGGCGCCUGCAACCUAUGCGACCGCAGUGGCCCCGCACUUUCAUAGGGCCCGCUCUAAUUCAAUGUGUAGAAAUUAUUAAAUUAAACCAUUUUAUAACUUAAAAAGAGAUUUCCCGCGCACUCCUGUCGAUUUACCAAGAGCACUUUCAUAGGACCCACACUUUCAUAGGACCCACACUUUCAUAGGACCCGCACUUUCAUAGGACCCACACUUUCAUAGGACCCACACUUUCAUAGGACCCGCACUUUCAUAGGACCCGCACUUUCAUAGGACCAGCGCUUUCAUAAGACCCACACUUUCAUAGGGCCAGCGCUAAUUCAAGGUGCAUAAAUUAAUUAAUUAAACCAUUUUAUAACUUAAAACAGAUUUCCUGCCCCCUCCUGGCGAUUUACCAGGAGCUCCUGGAAAUCUCCCGAAAUCGCAAAAUAUACGAAUAGUUCUUAAAAUGUAUGGAAAUAUAUACACUAAAAUUGCCAUUUUGGGUGUCAUUCAAUAUGGAAAACGCAAAUCUUACGCGCGACAUUAUGCAUCAGCCGUAAUUGUGUAAUCUGGUGAAAGAAACCUCGUUUCGCAUAGGGCCCCACAAUGAGUAAGUCCCUUCCUGAUAUAUAUAUAUAUAUACAUAGUAGAUUACUUAGAUUAGUUCCUAGUCCAAACCUCCCGCUGGACAAAGGGGGAUGGGUUGCAGGCAGAGUUUGAUACAUUUAAACGACAGGCCGUCGCGCAGCCAGUCAUCCGUAGUGUGAACACUACCCUUGUUUUCUCGUGGACUAUCCGCAGAGUGAUCUUUCCUUUACUUCUCGACAAAACUCUUGAGGGAAGAAGAGAAUUAUAUAUAUAUAUAUAGAUACUUUUUUUAAAAAAGGGAAAGAGCCGCCUAGCAACUGUUGUAUCUUUCAAUACUGGGAUAUCGUGUAGGCCUACAAGAUUUGUAGCAAACAAACAGAGUGAGUUGAUAUACGCUUUGUAACAAUGUCAAACUAGAAUCAAUAAGCGUACUUUCUCAGCAAUUUAAUCUUUUUUAAAAACUCUUCUUUUCAUUCCAUAUUUGAGCAGCUCAUUGUCCAGGGAAAUGUUCUAAACUGAGUUUGUAUUCCUAUGCAGGUGCAACUGGGUUUGCAUUGCCUGUAAAACAGUGAAAGACUGCUCUCAUUUUUAAAUUUUGGAAUCAAGGACAUUACCAUUAUUCAUAAUUAAAAGAUAUAUUUCACUCAGUGCAAUACUAUUCAUUAGAGUAACACUCGUAGGUUCCAAUGGGCCAAAGAAAGUAUAAAUAGUAAGAAAUCUGAUGUAUAAAUAUCGUUUCCAAGUAGCUUCCUACUUCCUAUAUUAUAGCAACGUAGCUUGGAAACAUUGAAACGAUGCACUUGGUAAUUACAAGCCAAUGAAGAAUUAUACUCUCAACAUGUCACACAAUACAAAAUAAUUACCAAAGUUUUAAACUCAUUCCUUUAUUUUCGUGUUUUCCCUUUGUUACAUAUCAACACAAGUAUCAGUCAUAUUCGAGUAGAGAGUUACAAGCAGCGAGAUGAUAAACGAUAAAGAAGAUCUUUAUAUUGUGUACUGCUGUAACCUCCAGAAAACAUUAAAUCUACACUAAUCUAGACUCUUGGGAUCGAAUACCUAACAAGUUAGUACCAAUAUGGAAACGCUUUUUUCUUGGAAAUAUCUUAUCUUAUAAAAUACAGACUUUACUUCAAAAAGAAGAUGUUCCUAUGUCAAUCUAGUCAUUCAUCUUAUUCAAUGACUUAAAUUCUGCCAAGUCAUUGGUUUUCCAGGCUGACUCAGGCAACCCAUUCUAUGCUUCAAUAGCACUAGGGAAGAAGGAAUAUUUGUACAAAUUUUUCCUAGCAUAUGGAAUGAGGAAUGUGACUUUUUAUCUUUGUGUCUUUUUGAGUAUUUUAUUAGGUUUUGUUUUUGUAUUUGAAAAUUAUGGUUCAGUGUUAUGUAUAAUUGCUACUUUACUUUUAAGACUUCUAUCCUUUUUAUAUAGAGUUGUUUGUGUGUAAAUGUGUGUAAAUGUGUGUGUAUACUGGAUAUUACAAGUCCAAGUUAUUUAGUGGUUACAAAUUAUCCAAAUCAAGUAAAAGACGUUCACUAAUCAAAGUCACUUCUUCGAUAAUAACAAACUUUUAAUUCUUAAAGAAGACCAGGAAAAAAUACAUUUCAAUAUCCCCCACCGAUGUCACAUCCAUUUUUCCAAAAUAUAAACUAGAACUUUUAAAAUCUGCAGUUUAGUUUACUGAUUGUCAGGUGACGUUUUCGAUUAAAAAUUCUUGUUCAUCUCAUGUGUCUUGCCAUUGCUGAUUUUUCACCCGAAGUGAUUAGAUCAAAGUAAUGAUUGUUGACUUUAUUUUGUAUUGGCCAUUUAUAACAUUGUGUGUGUUAAGUGAAAUAACGUGGUCACCUCAUGGUCAUCUCAUGGUCAUCUCAUGGUCAUCUCAUGGUCACCUCAUGGUCAUCUCAUGGUCAUCACAGCUUCUUAACUCUACGACCACAUCUGGCAGCGAUGGCGUCGGCCAGUGGCAGAGCACGACCUUCAACUACCAAGCUGGAUCACUUCCGGUCACAGUGUCUAUCAAGACGUACAAUAUGCCAAACGUGCCUCUGGUGAUCUUUUCUCAGACAUACACAGGCUCAGCCAAUCGAACAGCAGACAAUGACAGUGACCACGUGAUCAGCAGUUUUCCCAGCUUCAAAACAUUUCCAGGAAGUCCAACAGAUCUUGGAUAUCUAGCCUACGGAGGCUAUCACUCUGGAUACAGUGGAUUAAGCAUGGGAAGAUGGCAGUCUAAUGCAUCCUUCACCGCUGGUAAACAAGGGGGACCACUCGUCAUUUUUGACAAUUCCAGCAACGCUUUGGUUAUUUCCCCUAUGUCCCAGUUUAUGGCCGCCUCCAACCAACUUUCACUUGUUCGUCAAGAGUUAAACUACGGAAUUAUGGGCCUUGUUGACAGCGUGCCAGCCAAUUACAGCGUUGAUUUCAUUGUGUACUAUAGCAACAGGGGCAUCAACCAGGCAAUGACAAAUUGGGGCAAAUUUUUACUGUCACUGUAUCAGAAGAAUUUAUUCCGUAGACAGUUUGAUACAACAUUAAGCUACAUGGGCUAUUGGACUGAUAAUGGUGCCUAUUAUUAUUAUAAUCCGGAGAAAGGCAAGAACUACGAGACUACAAUAUUGGAUGUUAUGGAUUAUAUCAACAGGGAGAAUAUCUCCUUUCAAUAUAUUCAGUAUGACUCCUGGUGGUAUGACAAAGGUCACGUCAAUGGCACAUUGAACUGGACUCCCACGGCAGACGCCAUACCUGACGGAUUUGGUUAUUUAGCUAACAAGACGCAGCUACCGUUUUCUUGUCACAACCGUUUUUGGGACAACCAAACAUCGUAUGCCCAAUACAAUGGUGGAAAGUAUUUGUUUAUAUCUGACCAGGACAGUGGACUGGCUAUACCUGAUGAUAACCAAUUCUGGAUUGAUCUGUUUAAUAUGACACAACAUUGGGGUCCUUUUAUAAUGUAUGAACAGGACUGGCUGCACAAAGAAACGGACGAGAACAAAAUCGUCCUCACUGACCUGGAUAUCGGGCGGAAGUGGCUGACGGGAAUGGGAAAAGCGGCAGCAACUUUUGGACUUGUUUCCAUUCAAUAUUGUUCAGCAUACAGCAAGCACAUCUUACAGUCUCUAGAGAUACCGGCAGUCACUCAGACUCGAGUGAGCCAUGACUACAACCCAGGUCUUCGUCAGUGGGACAUAGGCGUCAUAUCCAUGUUUGUUGACGCCGUGGGUUUGGCUCCUUACAAAGACACUUUCUGGACAACUCAGAAACAACCCGGAAGUCCGUAUAAAAAUAUGACUGAGCCUCAGCCAGAGUUACACAGUGUCCUGGCAACUUUAAGCACAGGGCCUGUAGGACCAGGGGACGGCAUUGGAUUCAUCAAUCUGACGGUAUUGAUGAGAUGUUGUGACGCUGGUGGUCAGAUACUUCAGCCCAGUAAACCAGCCACUGCUAUCGAUGACCAAAUCAAAAAGAGAGCAUUCUCUUCCUAUCCCGGGCCAGAUGGCGAGGUCUACACAACCUAUACCAACAUCUCAGGAUACGCCUUCGGCAUCGUUCUCGCCGCAGAGCUACAAAACGUCUACGCCCUUACACCGUCCAGUGGAUGGACAUCCGGUCAGUUACCUCCCAGCGUGAUUUACUCGGCUGCCUCCACCACCAAGACUCCUGUGGUUUUCUCGGACACCGACCCGCUCUAUCUCGGCCCAGAAUGCACUUCGGUGAACUUCUGCUUGUAUUAUACGUCACCCAUUCUUCCACUUGGGGACCGAAGCAGAGUUAUCCUUCUUGGUGAGACCGGUAAGUGGGUACCACUGUCUGUGAAACGUUUCAGCUACAUCCGAAGGACUAUGGGUGACAUCGUUCUGACCCUCCAAGUCAGCGCCCAUGAAAUAGUGAUUUUCAGCUACAUGGUAGAUUUCGGCCCUGUUCAGACCAUCUUGUGUGACAACAGCCAGGGUUCGCUUCCAGCUUUCGUUAGUACUAUCAGCAUUUUGCAAAAGCAGUGCACUAUUGUGUAAAUGAUUGCGAUUCUAUCAUGUUCACCUUUUUUAAAACUUUAAUUUAUUUAUUUAAAACUAUUUUUGAAUUGUUUAAAGUAACAAGCACACCAAUGAUAUAAAUGGACAAUGCAAGCCAUAAUAUAAAUAUAUUCAAUUAUUAAUAUAUUAUUGAAGUUAUCCCGUCGUGGUUUGAUGAUAACCACCCUUGUCAUCCAGGGGGCUAAGGGCCCCCUCAUGUGGCUGGUGAAACCUAUGUGAGUUAGGAAAGUUCAGCCGCACACUGUAUUUAAUAAUAUACAUUAAUCUGAAUGCAUGUCAUUUAUGUAAAAUAAUAAAAAUAAAAGUACUAUAAAAUUUA